UAAUCAACACGUCAAAAUGAAAAACUUGAAAGGUGAUAAACAAGUGCUUUUUCGCGUUUUAAAUGACAGGCAUUUCGCGCCUAAAUAAAAUUAUGUCACACAAUUUCGUACGUAAGAAGCAUGAAUUGCAUACCUCAAAGAGUCAUUUUGUCCAUUAUCCUAUGUCUCGGAACUAUCAACAUGUUGGCUCAAAGAGUCAAUUUAAGCAUAGCCAUACUGUGUAUGACAAACCAUACGUAUAUCCGUAAUGAAAACAAAGAAAAUAAUGUAAAUGUGACCGUUUCUGCACCAUUUCAAUGCAUUCAAGAAAAUUUUAAUGGAACAGAUACCAUGACAGAUGGCCCAUUUGUUUGGGAUCGGCCAAGCCGUGGUGUUCUCCUGGGAAUUAUUUUCUGGGGUUAUUUUCUUGGUCAAAUACCAUCAGGUAUUUUAAUACAACGAUUCAGUGUUCGUUGGGUGUUGUUUACAUCUUUAAUCCUGUUGAGUACAUCGACAUUCUUUGUUCCACUGGUGGCAACAAAGUCAUUGUAUUUAUUCUAUGCCUUUCGAAUAUUGACGGGGUUAGCAUCAGCAAGUUGGUUCCCUGGAUUUUACCAGCUUUGGGCUGCAUGGGCACCUCCAAAUGAGCGUGGACUUUUGAUUGGAUUCGCUUAUGCAGGGCUUCAUAUUGGCAGCGCUAUUGCAAUGCCAAUUACUGCAGCUUUGUGUCAAACAUCAAUUGGUUGGUCAUUAGUAUUCUAUUUUUAUGGCGCUAUUAGUUUUGCUUAUUGUAUUGUCUGGUUUAUAUUUGUCUACGAUGAACCUAAACUACAUCCAAGAAUAUCUACUAAAGAAAAACUUUAUUUAGAAUCCUGUUGUCCAGUAAUAAAAAAGAGGAGUGGAAAACAAAAAAUUCCACUAAAAUCUAUUUUAACAUCAUUGCCGGUUUGGGCGUUUGUUGCUGUCAACACGGGAUUAGACUGGAAUCUGUAUACAUUUCUGACUAGUGUACCAACGUAUAUGCGUGAAGUACUACAGUUUGAUUUUCAGCGGAAUGCUGGAUUAUCUGCAUUGCCUUAUAUUGGUAUGUGGAUAGGACAAGUAUUAUUCGGUUGGAUAUCGGAUAUAUUAUUAACUCGAAGAGUUUUAAAUGUUAGUUAUGUGCGAAAAUUAAUGAAUAGUAUAGGCAUGUUUGGACCGUGUAUUCUUAUGAUUUUGAUUACAUUAUUCGAUUGUCAUAAUAAAUAUGUCGUUGUUGGCCUAUUAACAUCUGGAUUAUUUCUUAGUUCUGGUGUUUUCUCCGGUGGAAUGUUGAGCCCGAUUGAAAUUACACCAAAAUUUUCUGGUCUGUUAUUUUCUGCAUCAAAUUCAGUCGGUGCAUUGACAGGUUUUAUAGCACCCAUUGUGGCCAGUGCAUUGACACCAGAUAAAACUUAUGAACAAUGGCGUUAUGUAUUCUACUUGGGCGCUGGAAUAUUCUUAGCCGCUGGUUUAUUCUUUCUCGCAUUCUCUUCAUCUACGAUUCAACCAUGGGCUAUAGAAGUUAGUGAUGAUGAUGAUAAUGACGAUGAUGUGAAUAAACCAAUUGGCGAUAAUGAUACGCUUAAAGUUAAACCUCUUCAGCAUAAUAUUGUUGAUUCACUAGGAAAGGCGGAUAGAGAUAAUGUCGACGGUGAUGAUGAUCAUGCCGGUGUUGCUGCCGCUGUCGCCGCGAAUCGAAUUGAUGGUAAAGGGGAUGAAAAUAAUAAACCGCUAUCAGUAUAAACAAUGCUUUGUAUGUAUUUAGCUUCAUUCGAAUGCUUCUACUCUUGUCCUUAUUAUUCUUGCUGUCGGCGUUAUUACCACUUUGCUGUUGCUGGCAUUAAUCACAGAUAUUAUCAUGUUUCCCCCCGAAACACAGCCCAGUUCCUAACCAAUCCCUACCUCCAAAAGUGAUUAUGGUUACAUUGUUUGAU